AAAAUGUGCUGCUCUGUUUUAACAUCAGAAUCACAGAUUUUACGGUAAAACUCUGGCUUGUAAAAAGGCGCAGGCCGCGCAGCUGGUGAAGUGACGUCAUUCGCGCGAACGUUCCUCGCGUUUAUGACGUCACCGCGGCGCGUUAUAAAAGGCGCGCUCUCCGUCGCGAGCUCAGUGCGUGUAGUUAUAAAGCUCCGUAAAGCGAGAGAUAGAGAAAUAUAGAUUUAUUCUACCCAACAGCUUUUAUUAGUACAGGAUGGCAUGGAGAGAAAUUCGCAGAAUAAGUGCGGAAGUUGAAACCAAUCGUAUGCUGGAAAGCUUCGGCUACACAGUGCUGGGCAACAUCGGCGGUGGGAGUUUUGGUCAAGUUAAGGUGGCCACCUCCAUUAAGCACUACAAACACGUGGCCAUCAAAAUACUGGACCGCAGAAGGAUGUCUUCCACCGAAGCUAAAUACUUUCUGGAACGGGAACUCGCCAUUCUCAGAAUACUCAGACACCCGAACAUUGUUCAGGUGUAUGAAAUCAUUGCGAUGCCCACCGGGAAGGUCUUUAUUGUCAUGGAGGCUGCCGAGACGGAUCUCGCUAAAAAGCUCAAGAGAGUCGCAAACAUCCCAGAGAACCAGGCCAAAAAAUGGUUCUCGCAGCUCGUUAGUGCGAUGGUCUACAUGCAUGAGAAGGACAUCGUCCAUCGCGAUAUUAAAUGUGAAAACGUGCUGCUGACCGUUGACAACCAGGUCAAAUUUACGGACUUCGGUUUAUCUGACUUUUCACUAGGCUUCCCCAUGCUAACACAAUGUGGGACCUUUCACUACCUGGCACCUGAGAUUCUUAUGGGUGUGCCCUACAACGCAAAGAAGAGCGACGUAUGGAGCCUGGGUGUACUUCUUUUCGUGAUGCUCACCGGACGCCUCCCAUUCAGAACCUGUCGUCCCAAAGACCUUCUGCGGCUGCAGCACAGAACGUUGGAUUAUCCAUGGUGGCUAGACAUUGGGCGAUCUUGCCGGGAUUUGCUCUCCAAGAUGCUGGAGGUCAACCCUAAUAAGCGGCCUUCGAUGGCGAUGGUGGCACAACACCCCUGGCUGCUGCCUUGCUAUAAAAGGUUGCUGCUUGGCUGCAGAAGUCCUUCCAGAAAUGCGGAGCCCUCCACCAGUAAAGAAGCACCCAAACCUGCACCAGCUGCUCCAAAAGUAGAGCCGGAACUCUUGAAGCAGCAGCCUGGACCUUCAUCCUCUGUGAGCAAUGAGGCAGAGAGAAAGUCAUCGUCUGCCUCGGAGGAGGACGUUUUCUUCUCUGCUCUGGAGCAUAUCGAGGAAGAGUCUCCAGCUUCUCCUUCCUCAGAUAAAGAAUUAGUGAAUGCUGAUUCUGAAGUGGACCACAGUGCAGCAGCUGCUGCAGGUGUGGAGGAUGCAAAAGAGAAGUCCGGCUGCUUUGCAUCACUUCGAGAGAGGCUGAAGAAGAUUUUUAGAUCCACAUCUUCAUCAGCAGAAGAUGCUCCCCCACAGCCCACAAAGAGAGAGGGAGUCUGGAGGCUGAGAUUCCCUUGGUUUAAAAUCCAGAGGAAACAGCCUAGAAAACGCAGUGCUGCUAAAUGGUAUUUGGAAUAGCACCCACCCCCUUCAUUUGAGUUGGUAAUAUGAUUUCCCACACAGCUUUAUUUUAAAGUUUGAACGUACCAGUCAGAUUAUAUUAUUAUUUAUUUUAUGUUUGGUGUGCAAUAAAGUAAAACAACCUCUUCUAUACAGGUUAUUAUUAAAAGGAAAACAUGGCGACACACUUGCUCACUGAACUGAACUGAUGCUGACAAGAAAUAAAUAUUAUUUGAAACA